GUUAUCCGGAUAUGUAAUAAUUAGAUCAUUAUUAUUGAUAGCAUUACUUUUGCAAUGCAAAAAUUUCUUACACACGCUCAUCUGCGAAUUGUUAUCAUUUUUAGACAAAAACAAUGAAUAUUUAUAAAGUCAUUAUCAAAUAUGAGACUAAUGUAAAGGGCCAAUCCAAUACUAGUAUUUGUAGGGCAGACGAGGUUAUUUUUAGAUAAAUUGAUGACGUGAUUCCAUCAUGUUCUUCUUUGGUCCCUUUCGACUGGUCCAUAAAGCUAUAGUCAUGGGGAAAGAUAGCACUGCACAAAACUUUAAUUUGGAGAAUUGGAUGAGAGAUUUACCAGCACAACUUAAGGAUGUUCCUUUGAUUUAUUUAGCUAUACCAGGUAGUCAUGACUCAAUGACAUAUGGCAUAACCCGUGCCAGCACCUUAGCUCCAGAUGCAGAACCUAUCCUGCACCGACUGUACCCUCUGUUCCGAGGUACUAUCAUACGCUGGACCAUAACACAAGCUAUUGAUACUAAGCAACAGCUGCUCAUUGGCAUUAGAUAUUUUGAUCUCCGUCUGGCAACUAAAAAGGAUGAAAAUCAUUACUUCUUUACACAUGGAUUAUAUGCAGAGGAGAUAAGUAAACCACUACAACAAAUUAGGGAUUUUGUUGAUUCACAUCCUGGAGAGGUAGUUAUAUUAGAUCUCCAGCAUUUUUAUGGCUUCCAACCAGAGGAUCAUCAGAGACUAAUGAGAUAUUUACUCAAUAUCUUUGGUGCUAAACUUAUUCCACGACAAAUUGAUUUACAAUCCAUUACACUUAACUCCUUAAGUAGAUUAAGACAGCAGGUAGUGGUAGUAUACCGGAAUCAAUCAGUGAGUGCUAUCAGUGAGUUUUGGCAAUCGCAACUACUGCCGUCACCCUGGCCACAACAGGACCGAACUGCCGGUCUUGUCAACUUUUUACAUAACAUCACGAGGCGCCCUGGAAUCGGAUUCGUCCAUCAGGCAGUAUUGACACCAACCCCUAAGUUUAUUAUUCUGAGAUGGAUAUCAAAUUUGCGCGAAAAAUGCGCGGUGCCUGUGAAGAACGAGGUUCUACCAAAAUUAACAGAGUUAGCACCUGGACCUCCAUUAGCUAAAGGUGUGAACCAGUUCGCGCCUGUCAAUGUGGUAAUAGCAGAUUUCGUAGACUUGGAUAAUGCGAUAUUUCCCAGAACUAUCAUAGAACUAAAUUUAAAACUUUUAAGGAAUACAGAUCUAGUGUACCACAACUACGGUUAAGAAUACUUGAACCAUCGCUGCAACAGUUUGUACAUAAGUGUACCUUCUAAAGAUUCCAAGAUUAGAAAGAGAACACUCAACCAUUUAUUUUAUUAUUACAUUAUUGUCAAAUUCAUAUUUUGUUACUUAAAUAUUUUUAUAUUAAUUUUACAUAUCCGUAGCUUUAAGAAUUAUAGUUAUCCAGGAUAUAUUCCACACGCAUGUACCUGUAAUUUUAUCUACUUUUUUUGCCCUGUGAUAUUCGCGUUAAAUAUUUCAUUAUAGUGCCUUAUAUGAAAUACAUUUAUGUUUUACUUUUAUAUUGUACUUAAGAUUUACAGUAAUACAGAUAAGAAAUAAACUAUUGAACUUUUUAAUUUA